AUGGCAACAAAGGAAGAGCAAGUGGCUGCUGCCGCCGACCAGCAGCAGAAUGAGGACCAUGAACAUACCUGGGGCCUGCUCGAUGUGGCCAAAGCUCUUGAGACCAUGCAGGGCGUCUCUCAGAUCUGCGAUGACCACCUCGCUCCACUCUACACACAGCUUCAAAAGGUGCAUGCUGGCACUGCGGCAGCGGAUGACUUCCGUGCAGAAGCGCUCCACAAAGCAGCACAGCUGCUGCUACACCCAGAUGCGUUUCGCACUGUCGCGCGGUACUUCAGGCCAGUGCUCCUCGAUCUCGUCUGCAGGUGCACGCGCCGCAUUCAGGAAACACAAGGGCAACCAGAAUGGCUUGAAUCCCACGAGUGCCUCUCCUUCGCACUGGCACACCUCAUCCCAACAGCACCGUACCUUCGAAGCGUGACUGUGGAGUACUUUGCCGCCGUUCAGGCGCCGCCAUUUGAGCGCUUGCGCCGCCAGCCCAUCAACACUGUCACGGAAGCGCAGCUUGAGGUAACACAGUGCUCGGACGAUGACGUGCGCAACACAUCUCCUGCUCCUUCACAACCGCCGCGCACUGGCGGAUAUGUGGGACUGCAUGUCACUGCGAUUCUUGGACUCGUGCACCACUUGCCGGGCGCAACCAUUCUCGCUCUUGAAAGGCGGCUUGGUGCGCAGGUGCACAGCAGUCACGUUGAGCUGGAGUGGCAGCGGGCAGAGGCAGCAGAGCAGCACACCAUCGCCAGCGCCGCGCCGGCCAUUCGCCCAGCCGCCUCUGCUAAAACAGAGGAUCCCAUCAACGAGCGUAUGCAGGCAACAGAUGCGGACUUGAGCUCAGAUGUCGUCAACAUCAGCGGCAUCCUCUUCGAAAAGGGUCACCGCUUCGCAUCAUCACAAUCAUCGUCAUCGGACGAAGAAAUCUCUACCGCUGCUGCCGCUACUGCUUCGGACAUGUUUGUGCCGACAGCGUCAGCGCUGCGCAACCUGCGCUCCAUUGCCGUUGCCCUCACCCUGCACAUGCCCGUGCUGCUAACGGGGAGCACGGGCGCAGGCAAGACACUGCUUGUUGAGCACUUGGCGCGGCUAACAGGGCGGGUGGCGGCGGGCUCGCGGCUCAUCAAGAUCCAGAUGGGCGACGACACAGACAGCAAGGUACUCCUCGGCACAUAUGUGUGCACGGAUAUCCCGGGGCAGUUCCGCUACCAAGAAGGCAUUCUGACGCAGGCGGUGCGGCAGGGCCUGUGGCUGCUGAUUGAGGACAUUGACCAGGCGCCACUGGACGUCAUCUCCACGCUGCUGCCACUCGUGGAGAACAACACCCUCUUUGUGCCCGGCCGUGCCGAGACCAUCCCCGCCCGCAGCGGCUUCCAGCUCUUCUGCACAUACAGGAACACAUCUGGCGGCAGCGCAGCAGGCACCGGCGCCAACUGGGGCAUCAUCGCCGCGCACAUGACGCAGGUGCGCGUGGAGGAGCCGUCGCCAGCGGAACUGCGCACUAUCAUCCGCACGCGCUUCCCCUCGCUCGUGGGCGUGCUUGAUGUCAUGCUGUCCACCUACCAGCGGCUGCAGUCGCUCAUGGGUGGCUCACGCAGGGCAGGGCGCCGCCGCCGCCAACACCACCUCAGCUUUGCUGAUGCUUCCACCAACAUUACGACAGGCCCAUCAUCUGCGUCAUCAUCACAGGUGCCCGAGCACGCGCUUGGGGCGAAUGCUGCGGUGUCGCUGUCGCGUGCCAGCAAGAAGGCCGUGACGCCACGUGACAUGAUCAAGUGGUGCACGCGCAUCAGCCAGCAUGACCCGCUCACCCGCGAAGUCGUGUUCCUGGAGGCCGUGGACUGCUUCUGCGCCAUGCUGCCGGAGCAGGGCGGGCGCAGCAGCCUCAUCUACGCGCUGGGGCAAAGCCUGGACGUGGCCAAGGUGGAGGUUGAGCAGUUUCUCUCGUCGUACCGCCCGGGCAUUGCCGAGGUCGAGACCUCGCUCUCCAUCGGCCGCUGCAGUAUUGACAAAUACGAUACGCAGAGCACUGGCGCUGCCCUCGUUCCCACGGGACACACGUACUCGUACGCGUUCACCAAGCCUGCGCUGCACCUGAUGGAACGCUUGGCGGUGUGCAUCAAGCUCAACGAGCCCGUGCUCCUUGUUGGCGAGACGGGUACGGGCAAGACAACGGCUGUGCAGAAGCUGGCCCGCAGCCUCUGCAAGCGCCUCGUCGUCAUCAAUAUGUCUCAACAGAGCGAUGUCGUCGACCUGCUGGGUGGGUACAAGCCCGUGGAUGUGCGUGUGCUGAUUCAGCCGGCACUGGACACGUUCCGCCAGCUCUUCUUCCAGACCUUUUCUCGCAAGCGAAACGCAGAGUUUAUGGCACAGCUUGAGCGAAGUUUCGCGCGCAAGAAGUGGCGUGCACUGCUCAAAGGCAUGCAAUCCGCUAUGGUGAACGUGCGCAAGCGCAUGGACACUGCGCGUGAGGAAGGCCCCGCCACCGAUGAUGCGUCUGCACGAAACCUCAUGAAGCCAGCGCUCAUGUCGCAAUGGGAGGAGUUUGAUGCUGCUUUGGAACACCUCUGCAUCCAAGUUGAACAGGCCGAGAACAGCUUUGCCUUUUCCUUUGUCGAAGGCACGCUGGUCAAGGCCCUGCAGCGCGGCGAUUGGCUGCUGCUGGAUGAGGUCAACCUCGCCUCGCCAGAAACCCUCGAGUGCUUGAACAGCCUCCUCGAGAACAGCGCUGGAUCCCUUGUGCUGACAGAGCGUGGUGAUCUGAAACCCGUGGAGCGCCAUCCAGAGUUCCGCCUGUUUGCUUGCAUGAACCCGGCAACAGACGUCGGCAAGCGCGAUCUCUCCACUGGCCUACGAAACAGGUUCACGGAGAUUUUUGUGGACGAGAGCAAUGAUGAAGAGGACUUGACGGCAAUUGUGGAGGCGUAUCUUGCUGCGCUCUCCAUUGACGACCAGUCCUUGUUUGCCAAGAUUGUGCGCGUGUACCGCAGGGCGUGCGAGCUUGCCAAGACAGACCUCCGUGACGGGUCCAACAUGCGACCCCACUUUAGCCUGCGUACGCUGUGCCGCGCCCUGAUCCACGCCAGAGCGCUGGCGCCUGUGUACCCGCUGCACCGCGCUGUGUACGAGGGCGUGUGCAUGAGUUUCCUGGCGCAGCUGAACCGGCGCUCGUACAACUCGAUGAAGCACCUCAUUGACUCCACCCUCCUCAAGAGCGACCGCGGAGACAAGCAGGUGAAGCGCUUGGCCAUGCAACUGGAGCAGCUUCCCCCGCGCCCAAAGCACGCCAGCCACGUCUCGUACGGGUCGUACUGGCUGCCAACCGGCGACCAGGAGCCAACCCAGCCAGCCAACUACAUUGUCACGCCAACCAUCGAGCAGCAGCUGCGCGACGUCGUGCGCGUCGUUGCCUCGGGCAAGUUCCCCAUCCUGCUGCAGGGCCCAACAAGCAGCGGCAAGACCAGCAUGGUCAGCUACCUGGCGCAGCUGACCGGCCACAAGCUCGUGCGCAUCAACAACCACGAGCACACCGAUAUCCAAGAGUACCUGGGCUCGUACAUUGCAGACGAGCACGGGAAGCUUGCCUUCCAGCCGGGCGUGCUGGUGCAGGCCGUGCGACAGGGCCACUGGAUUGUCCUUGACGAGCUCAACCUGGCGCCCACGGACGUGCUGGAGGCAUUGAACCGCCUGCUCGACGACAACCGCGAGCUGUACAUCCCGGAAACGCAGGAGACGGUGCGCGCGCACCCAAACUUCAUGCUGUUUGCGACGCAGAACCCACCGGGUAUGUACGGCGGACGCAAGGCGCUCUCGCGCGCGUUCCGCAACCGCUUUGUUGAGAUCCACUUUAGUGAAAUCCCGCACAAGGAGCUGGAGGAGAUUCUCAGCAAGCGCUCGCACAUCCCAAGCAGCCGCGCCAAGCUACUGGUGAAGAUCAUGCACCAGCUCCAGAAGCGCAGGCAGGCCACAAACCUGUUUGCAGGCAAGGACGGCUUCAUCACCCUGCGCGACCUCUUCCGAUGGGCAGAGCGCUACCAGCGCACGCGGCCUGACUCUGGCAACGCGCAGCAGCUGGAGAGUGCACGGCGCAUGGAUGCACCCGCCAACCCGGACCUGAAGCGCGCCAAGCUGUCAACGCCCACCGCUGCGGGCGCCAAGGCAGCCGGUGCUGACGACAAGGUCACACGCGACUUUUACGACGACUUGCAGGUGCUGGCCAACGAUGGCUACAUGCUGCUGGCAGAGCGCGUACGUCGGGACGACGAGAAGCAAGUCGUGCGCGAGUGCAUCGAGGGUGUUCUCAAGCGAACCGUGGACGUGAGCGCUCUGUACGAGUGCACGCACAGCCCACUGUUUGCCCGCGCACAGGCUGCACUGGCUGAGGCGCGCGAUGACCCGGCCCACCCGCUGCACAUGUUCCGCGACGUGGUGUGGACGCGUGGCAUGAAGCGCCUCUUCUGCCUCGUGGAGCGCUGCCUGCAAGUCAACGAGCCUGUGCUGCUGGUGGGCGACACCGGCUGCGGCAAAACGACGGUGUGCCAGAUCCUCACCACUCUGCUCGGCCAGCCGCUGCACAUCAUCAACUGCCAUCAGAACACAGAGACAUCCGACUUUCUCGGUGGUCUGCGGCCCGCACGCAAGGCCUCUUCCGAGGAAACCCAGUCAGAUGCCCAGACCAACGCUGCUCAGGCCUCAGAGCAAGCAUCCACAGCCUCCACGCAACAGCCGCAACAGCAGCAGGAGGAUAAGGAACAGCAGGAGGAGAAGCAGGAGCAACAGCAGCAACAACAACAACAACAACAACAACAACAACAACAACAACAACAACAACAACAACAACAACAACAACAACAACAACAACAACAACAACAACAACAACAACUACAACGACAACAACAACAGGAGCAACAACAACAACAACUACAACUACAACAACAACAACAACAACAACAACAACAACAACAACAACAACAACAACAACAACAACAACAGGAGCAACAACAGCAGGUGUCCACAGCCACGGACAAAGACGAGGUGAUGGUGAUGAUGAAGAAGAACAAGAAGAUGAACAAAGGUGGCAAGCGCAAGGCUGGUGUCGCUGAAUCUGAUGCGGUAGCCACGGACGAGACAGCACCAGCGACAACCGUGCAGCAAGAAGACAAGCCCAGCACAACCCCCGAACAAGCAGGGGAGGCAUCUGCCCAAGCCAGCAGCAAGAAGAAGCGCCGCUCGAGGAAGAAGGGAAAGCGAGCCAAGCAGCAGGAGCAGCACAAUGAUGCUGACGCUGAGACGAACGAAACAGCAGCGGACCAGCAGAACCCCUCCUCUGCUGCUCCUUCACCUCAGAAGAAGACAAAGAAGCACAAGCAACAACAGCAACAGCAGCAGCCAGAGAAGGUCAAGUUGUUUGAGUGGUGCGAUGGCCCGCUGGUGCAGGCCAUGAAGGCGGGUCACGGGCUGUUGAUCGAUGAGAUCUCGCUUGCUGACGACUCCGUGCUCGAGCGCCUGAACAGUGUGCUGGAGCCGAGCCGCGAGCUGCUUCUCGCCGAGAAGGGCGGCGUGCACCCCGAACACAUCCGCGCGCACAACGAGUUCCACAUCAUGGCCACCAUGAACCCUGGCGGUGACUUUGGAAAGAAGGAGCUGUCACCCGCACUUCGCAACCGCUUCACGGAGAUUUGGGUCGCCGCCGUCACGGACGAGCACGAUCUGCAAGCAAUUGUGUCGCAUGCGCUGCGUGCACCGGAGCUGCAGCGGUUUACGCUGCCCAUCAUCCAGUUCCCCACGUGGCUCAAGCAGCACGAACGGUUUGCCGCCGCCAUCUCGCUUCGUGACCACUUGGCGUGGGCGCGCUUUGUGCGUGCGUGCAGCGAAACCAUGUCGCCGGCCGCUGCGUUUGUGCACGGCGGCUGCCUCGUGUACAUUGACGGGCUUGGCAUCUCUGCUGGUGGGUUUGGAAACCCCGUGGGCGCCCGGAAGCGCUGCGUGGAGCAACUCCUCUCGUAUCUGUCGCCAGAGGAACGGGAGGCUGUGCGUAGCCAGGGCGUUGACGAUGGCACAUUCGUUCCAAAGCUCUCCUCACGGCAGACUGCCAACACCGCUGACACUACUGCUGCUGCUGCUGCUGCUGCUGGAGACACUGCUGCGAGUGAUCACGAUCAUGUUGAUGACGGUGAUGAUGGUGAUAGUGACAAGACAACUGGUGAAGGUGACACGAACGAAAGUCCUCAUGCCGAUGACCACGACGCCAGCUCCCUGUCAAGGCAGGGCUGGUUCGGCAUGGAGCCGUUCUUCAUCAAGUGCGGCUCCAACAAGGUUGAGGAAACCAGCUUCACACUCAACGCACCCACCACCGCACAGAACAUGUUCCGCGUGCUGCGCGCCAUGCAAGCUGGCAAGGCCAUCCUGCUGGAAGGCUCCCCUGGCGUGGGUAAGACGUCGCUUGUGAUUGCGCUUGCACGCGCCACGGGACACCACGUCGAGCGCAUCAACCUCUCUGAGCAGACGGAUGUGUCGGACCUGUUUGGUGCUGAUCUUCCCGUAGAGGGAAAGGCGGGCGAGUUUGCGUGGCGCGAUGGCCCGCUGCUGCGCGCGCUGCGCCGCGGCGACUGGGUUGUACUUGACGAGCUCAACCUGGCCUCGCAGUCUGUACUGGAGGGCCUCAACGCAUGCCUGGAUCACCGUGGUGAGGUGUUCAUUCCAGAGCUCAACCGCACGUUCAAGUGCGACCCGCAAAACUUCAAGCUGUUUUCCUGCCAGAACCCCGUGCGCCAGGGCGGCGGCCGCAAGGGCCUGCCCCUUUCCUUCCUCAACCGCUUCACGCAGGUGCAUGUUGACGUGCUGUCCCCAGAGGACAUGCUGUCGAUUGUGUCCUCGCGGUUCCCGCGCGUCCCCGAGCCCGUGCUGCAGGCCAUGAUCACCUUCAACAGCAGCGUGCGCGGGCGGCAGCAGCGCGCCCUGGCCAAGGCCCAGGGCACCGACGUGAACCUGCGUGACGUGUUCCGCUGGUGCGAGGCCAUGACAGCUCUGCAGCACGAGGACAGCUACGACCCGCGCCAGUUUGUGCCCGUCAUCUACGGUGGACAGCUGCCGGAGAGCGGGAUCAUGACUGGCCAGGGCGGUGCUGCCGCAGCGGCGUCGAAGAAGUGGCGCGAUCACCUCUGUGUUCUCAGCACAGAGCUGCUUGAUCCUGUUUUGCUGCCGUCCCCAGAAGGCAACACAGGCCACAAGCAGAAGCGACAUGGCGCUGCUGGUGGUGAGGAAACUGCUGCCAACAGCCUGUGGACAUCGCCCUCUCCCUCCCGCACGCUGUUCGAGUAUCCACGAACGAUGAUGGUUGACGAUGCCUGCGUGGUUGUUGGCCGCGCAAAGCUUCCGCGCCGUCGCCAGGCGCUGAUGCUGCCGCCGGGCGCCGUGGCCGCUGACGAACUCAUGGACACCUUCGACUUGCUUCCCCAGCAGUACGCGGGCCUGGAAGCGCUUGCCGUUGGCCUGCAGAUGGGGUGGAUGGUGAAUCUCUCCGGCCCAGCCGCCUGCGGCAAGACGCAGAUGGUGCGCAUGCUCGCCAGCCUGACAGGCAACACGCUGUGCGAGUUUGCCAUGAACUCCUCCAUCGAUACGCUCGAGCUUCUGGGCGGGUUUGAGCAGCUGGACAUGGAGCAGCACCGCAACGAGCUCAUGCUCUCCGCACGCAACCUGCUGCACGCUGCCUGCGACGCCGUCGUGCAGGUGUACACCACAAUUGACGGCAACGCCGACACGCAGCGGCUCGUGCAGGCACUCACGCGUCUGCAUUCCUCAUGGCGGUGCCUGAUUGCCCGCAACGGAUUUGUUGGGCAGAAGGCGCGCCAGGCCCAUGGCACCAACGUGGAUGUGGAGCAAGUUCGCAGCCUCCUCCACGUGGUGCAGCAAGAAGCAGCCACGCUGCGGUCCACGGCUGGGUCCACAAGAGCCGGUGAUGGUGUUGUGGACGCGGCGCUUGAGCUGUUGGACGAAAGCAUCACCACCGUCAUUGAAUGCCUCAACCGCGUUCAAGACCUCGUUUCUCAUCGCACAGAAGGCAUGUUCACGUGGCGCAACGGCUUGCUGGUGGAGGCAUUGAUGAAAGGGCACUGGCUGCUGAUUGAUAACGUCAACUUUUGCUCGCCGUCCGUGCUCGAUCGCCUGAACGGUUUGCUGGAGCCCAAGGGCGUGCUCAUUGUCAGCGAGCGCGGCGUGAUUGAUGGCCAGAUCCCCGUCAUCAAGCCGCAUCCAAAUUUCAGGCUCAUUCUCACCAUGGACCCGCGCCACGGCCAGCUUUCUCCCGCCAUGAGGAACCGAGGCAUUCAGGUGUGCUGUCACUUGGACUUGGCCACGAGCGAUGACUACGUGAAGCUGGCGCGCUCUGCGGGCUUGCACCACGAGCAAGGCAUCCGCCGUCUGUCUGCUUUUGCACAGCACAUUGGUGGCAAAGGGCACUACAAGACCUACGCAGUCACCCACUACGUGCACGCCGCCACCGUUGCUGCUGCCUUGCUGCGCCACGGUGCCACGCUGCACGAGAGCUUACAGCUUGCCAUUGCACAGACAUAUGACGACGUGAGUCCAUCCACGGUUGCCCUGUUUGCUGGCGGCGAUCUCGCCAAACCCGCCUCAGCAGAUGCAACAAAAACAGCAGCGACGGAAGCCUCGUCCCCCUUUGCAUCCCCCGAUUACACCCUGAUCAGCGCCACCGUACGCGAUGCCGCGCUGUUCCAGUGCAUGCGCGUCGUUGCCACGUUCUUCCAGCAGCCGGCCACCAGGCGCUGGCUUGCAACCGCUGCCGCUGGCAGUGGUGCAGGAAGUCAGCAUGCGCAAUCACACGUGGCCGAGUACUCGUGGUUGAAUGCGUCCGCCAUGCGCAAGUCAACCACGUCUGCGAAGCGCCUGUCCUCGCUGGCAUCGUUGCUCACGGCAACAGCAGACCCAGCGCUGGUUGCCGCGCUCAACGCGUUCGCGGCGUGGAUUGGGCACGCCGAUGUGCAAGCUCUGGAGACGGCCCUGGCACAAUUUCCAUUCUCCAGCAACGCCAAGGAGCACGUCAUUCUCCCUGCCCUCGUUGCUCUUCGGCAAGAGCUGCAGAAAGCAAAUGCGGUCAGCGCCGAGGUGAACACGCCGCUGCAGCAGUUCACGACAGACGGUGGCCUGGUGGAUGUGCGGCCAGCUUGGCUGUCAUACCUGCAACAUGUACUGUCGCAGGCGGAUGCAAAAGGCAUUCAGACAACGCUGGCCCGCUCCGCGUUCGCUGCGGCUGUGCAAUCGUCGCUGUCUGCGCUGCAAGCGAACCAGCGCAUCUUCCUGCAAAUGUCCAACGGUAUUGCCUUGCGAGACCUGCGUCUGGCCCAGCUGCCUUGGCUGCUGCAGUGCCGCUUGUACGCCAGCAAGAACCUCAACCGCAGCCGCCUCAGCCACGCAUGUGUGCCCUACCUGCAGCAGCUGCUGGACACCGUCGACACUCGCUUCCACGAGGUGCUCUGCGCCCUCAUGGCCGACACUCCCAAGGACCACGAAGGCCAGGUCGCCGACAGCACACACACUGAUGUCGCUGCCUCAAACACUGCUGACGCCAAGAGCAUCAGCACGGCUGAAUUGACUUGGGCCGUGAUGCAAGCUGUGCUGCUGCGUGCGCGCUUGUUUGCGGCGGUCACCCAGGCAGGCGACGUGGACAUUGCAUGCGACACCAGUGCAGACGAGGAGGAGUCCAAUGUGCAGGUGAAGCAGGAGGUGGGUGCUGAGGAUGGGGAUGACCUCCUGUUCCUGAGAUGCUCUCGCCGGGAGGUCGUGGCGUCCACAUGGGCCGAUCUGCACCACAGCCUGCGUGAUGCCAGUGCUCUCGUCUGCCUCGACACCUCUCCUGCAUCGGAAGCCCUAAACGCGAGCGCGUAUGCUUCCCUUGCAGAGAAGAUGCACGCAAGCCUUGGGCUCAGCACCGAGGUGGACGGCGACAGCAUGUUUGCGACCCUGUUCUUGUCCCAGCCAUUCCACAGCAAACGCUGCUUUGACACGCACGCAGCCCUGCAGCAGGCUGCGCGCUUGAGCAGUGCGGUUGAUACGGUCGCUGCACGCACGACAGACCACACCUUUGCGCUCCACAGCUUGCUGGACACGGACGCCGCGUUUGCCAUCACGGCAAAAGAGCGCAAGAUGCUCAUUGAUGCGCUGGCGACGCUGCCCAGCGUGGACCGGCAGGAUCCCGCCAUCUACCGCACACUCGACAGCCACUUCCGGCAGGCACUCACGCAAGACGCCUCGGCAAAUGACGAUGCCGGUGCUGAUGAUGCCAGUGCACGCGGUGCUGCACUGGGCCACGCAGGCGCGCGUGCGGAUGCCACGUCGGCCUCGGUGCUCUCCGCACUUGAGGAAGUGCCCGGUGCGAUCCAGGCGAUCGCAGACAAGGCGCAGCCGCCAGCGACGACCGUUUACCGCCGCUGCUUCGAUGCGCAGCUGUGGCCUGUCGGCGACUUGAUUCACGCACACGACACCCACCGCGCGCUCGCCGACCUUGCAACAGCGCUUCAGGCAAACCCAGCCCUCGUUGGGGCACUGACAAACGCCGCAAGCAGCGAGGAAGCAACAACAAGCAGUGAUGGCAGCAGUGGCAACCCUGAGGUCAUUACUGCCAUGUACCACCUUGCUGCGCGGCUGGAAGAGCAACGCGGGCCAUCGCACAGCAUCAGUCUCGCAGCCAAAACCCAGCAGCUUCUGUGGCUGCUUGGCACCGUCGCUUCCCAGCAUGCCAGAGGGAGCGAGAACAGUGCCCAUCCUGGUACCAGCACCAAUGCCAACGGCGAUGCCAAGGGUGACGGUGACGAUGGAAAGCAAGAGCGGCUGCGCGGCUUGCUGCGUGGAUCCCUGCUGUUCACGCUUGGCGAGGCCCUUCACGCCCUGUGCCACAACACGGCCCAGCACAUGCCUGGACCCGACGCACCGCCCCCGCCGUUUGCGCUCGCCGUGCCUGUGCCGGAAGAGGAGGCCGAUGCUGCGGCCAUGGAGGAAGCCAGUGUUGACGGCACGGCUGUCCGCGGGCCCCGCAGCGUGCAUGUGCCCAGGAAGAGGAAGGAGAUGGAUGAAGCGCAGGCUGGCGCAGAGCAACAGCAGGAGUGGGUUGAGGCGCGCGGCGCCGCGCUCCUGAUGCGUGCCGGUGUCACUGCCCACAUGAUGUGGCUGAAAAACAUGGGCGCCGUUCCCCUGGACGGCACCGAGGACAAGCUGUGGCAGCUGCAGGAGCUGAAGCGAUUCCUCACCACCACGCACGUGCCCCCAUCCAGCACAGCGGGGCGUCGCGCAGAUGCGCAGCUGUGCGAGGGAUACCGGUUCUUGCUGUGGGAGGCCACGCAGGGCGCGGGCGUGGAUCUGCACCAGCUCACCCCAAUCGCAGAUGACCUCAGUGCUUCUCUCAGCCAGCCACUGGCCUCUGCCUCAAAAAGCGAUUGCGCAACAGCAGACUCAGCAGCAGCAGCAGCAGCAGCAGCAGCAGCAGCAGCAGCUGUGCAUGCGUCCGUGCAGACCGCACGCAUGUGGGUGCAGCUGGGGUGCCUCGUCCUGGCGCUGGCCAAACCGCGCUCUUCCGUGGAUAAGGUGACCAAGCAGGUGCUGCGCCUCGCCGACCUGAGCUGGAUGCACCAGUUCCUGCAGGCGCGCCUCGCCACAGAGUCGGACUUUGGGCGUGCGUUCACGGACGGCGCUGACGCGUCUGUCUUUGCCGCGUGCCAGGAGGCUUCUGACUGGACACGACGGGUUCUCGCGUCCGCGCGUGAGUGCCUGAAGCAGGUGGUGUACCGGCCCGCACAGCAGCCAUUUGCCAACCUGUUUGACGAGCUCACGGCACUGUACGAGGCGAGCGAGCACGGCGGCAAGCUGCUUGCGCUCUGCACCAAGCUGGCCCAGCUGGCUACAUCGCCGGCAGCUUUCAAGAAGCGCGGCGCGUCCGCCUCCGCAUCGGUGCAGGCCGUGCAGGAGGUGGAGCACUGGCGGGUGAUGCUGUCGCAGCUGGCACGCCGCCUGCGCGUGGAGUACAGCGGCUUCCCAGAUGUGGUACAGCCCGUGUGCUGUGCACUGUACAUGGUGCUGCAUGGCCUGACUGCGCUGCGCCACGACGUGGUGUGUGCCCGCGCUGCUGCUGCCGGGGAAAUUGCGCCCGUGCAUCGCGUGACAGGCGUCUUGCACGACUUGACGCGCCUCCCCUCCCACCCACGCGUCGCAGAGACGCUGUACUCGCUGCUUGACGUGGCCAGCAUGUCGCGCCUCGUGCCUGCCACCCGUCCACAGCCCCGCGCGCGCAUGGAGCGCACCUUGCUGCGGGCGGCGCUUGUGCUGCACCGCAACGCACUGGCCACCGCGUGGGGCACGGCCGCGCGCAGCGUUCACCCGCUCACAUCGGACACGCUGGCGCUGGCGGCCCCAAGCAGCUCGAUGGACGGCUUCCUGCGCGUGCUCAACGUGGUGUGUACGCGGUGGACUGCGGCGAUGAAGCGGCGACAGGAGGAGCAGGCAGAGAAGGAGCAGCUGUUCAAGUACCGCGCAAAGACGCACGAGAUUCUGUCGAGCGAAGAGCAGGCGGAGCGCGAGCUGCAGCGCAUGUUCCCCACAUACUUCAAGGAGUAUGCAGACCUCGACGACGUCGCCUUGGACGCGCUGGACGGCCGCGAGGCGAGCCUGCGCGACACGGGCGUUGACGCUGACGCUGAAGGUGAGGAUGGCGACGGUGAUGGGGACGGCGAGAACAAAGACGCCGUGGCUGCCGUUGCAAAGGACUCUCUUGCCGUUGUGGACGUGGAGCUGAUGCGAGAGGCGGUGCACGCGCACAAGCAGGCCUUCCACCUUGGCCACCUGUACGACAUCACCGUGGAUAUGAGCACGUCCCUGCUCAAGUCGCAGCGGCUCAAGUCUGACAAGACCAUGAAGCAGGAGCUGGCUGCGCGGCGGGCAGAGCGGGUCCGCGCCCUUGACGUGGACGCAAGCGACCAGCUCGAAAUGCUGCAGACCCAGCACGCCAUUGCCGUCGCUGUCUCUGCUCACAACGAGCACGUUGCCGGCGAUGCGGAUGCUGUGCUGUGGCCGCUGCACACGAUCCAAGUGGCGCACAAGCUGUCUCGAUUCGGCACGGGCACAGGCGCCGGGGACGAGGCCAGCGUGGACCCGCUCGGCGACAGCGUUCGCGGUACCCACAGCAUGCCGGACACGUACGACUUUUAUCGCCACCCGCACCCGAGCGAGGCGCGCAUGGUGCGCCCCGUGCUGGCGCAGUUCCUGGCGCGGCUGCAGGCGCUGCUUGAGGAGUGGCCGGAGCAUGCCGUGCUGCUGCAGCUGCAAGCACUCUCCCUGCGCAUCCUGGAGUUCUCCCUCUCCGUGCCCUUGCCGAAAGUACUGACGGGGCUUGACCUGAUUCUGCGGCGCGCCGUUGACUGGGAGCAGGUGGCCAGCAAGCAGGUUUCGCUGCGUGCCGAGCUGGACGAGAUCUCUGCGCUGGUAAUUCGCUGGCGCAAGCUCGAGCUGCGGUACUGGCCGCGCCUGCUUCCGGGCAUCUGGCAGGAGUUUGCCGACAUUGCCGCCUCCCGCUGGUUUGGCCUGUAUGGCACCCUGUCCAGCUUGCCAGCAGGCCUCAUGGCAUGCGUGCGCGCCCACCACCGCGUGCGUGCCGGCGAGGACAUCAACACACUGGUUCGCGGCGCCAACACUGAGUCAGAUGACAGCAAGCACAGCAGCGGCGGCGGCGGCGGCUCUGAAGGCGACAGCGGCGCUGCCACGUUUGCUUCGACGGCUGCCCGCACGGUGGGUGCUGUUCGAGAGGAGUGCGCGGAGCACGUGGCGAGCGUGCGCCAGACGCUCCAUGCCUUCAUGUCCGACAGCUGUACCCUGGGCGAGUACAUGCAGCGGCUUGAUCUGCUGUGGGCAUUUGCCGGACAGCUGCAGGCGGCGCGCGUGUCUGCGGAGGAAGAGUAUGGCGUGACGUAUGAGGCCGCAUGUGCGCACGGCAGCGCCUCUGCGGGGCCGUACGCCGCCAUCAUGGAGGCCAAGCGCAAGCGCGAGAAGGCGGAGAAGAAGAACAAGACGCAGGAGGAGAAGCGGUACUACACGGACGAGGACGAGGCGAGGCGGCUCGGGCAGGUCGACCUGACGGAGGAGCAGGCGACGGCCGCCAGCGAGGCAGCUGCUGUGCUGUCCAACACCGUCAAGCACGUGGGCGUGCUGUAUGUCGAGUUUAUCGGCGCGCUGCACAGCGUCCUCUUCAACUUGAGCCAGUACUUUGCGCAGUUUGUGCCCUCUGUGGAGGAAGCCAUUCGCACGCGGCGCAUUGAGCUGGAGAAGGAAGUGCGCAACUUCAUCAAGCUGAUCCGCUGGAAGGACACCAACUACGCGGCCAUGAAGGACACGGCCGCCAAGACGCAUCGCGCGCUGCACAAGUUCAUCCGCGCCUACAAGGAGGCUCUGAUGGAGCCUGUGGGGCCUGUUCUCGGCGGCAUCAAGACCGGCCUUGAGUUUCUGGAGUCGUCAUAUGCCAUGACGACGCUUGCCGAGGCCAGCAGCCGCAUGUGCACUGCAACGCGGGCUGCCAUUACGGAACACGCCCAGCGCAUUCGCGCAUCCUCUGCCGCACCGGCGAUGGGUACGUCGCCAGACGCUUCUUCUGCUGCUGCUGCUGAUGAUGAUGAUGAUGCCUCCUCCAAUGCCACAGCACUGGUGGCACGCCCUGCGUGGCCGAGCAACGCGGCACACGCGCCUCCAUCCGAUGUGCAAGGCGUGCUGGAGAUGGAGCAGCCAGCGCUGAGGGCGGCGCAGUUGGCGCUGAAGCGGCUACUGGGACCAGGCCGGCUGCAAGCGGUGGCCGCGGUGGACCGGCUGUGCAAGACGGUGAUCGGCCGCGUGCAAUCGCUGCAGGAGUGGGACCGCAACACUGUGAAGGAGCAGAUGGAGGCGCUGCGCAAGAAGCACGAGAAGGAGGCCGAGGUUGAGAAGAAGAAGCGGCGGCGCAUCCAGGUUGGCAAGUACGGUGGCGACAAGGAGGAGGAGGAGCAGGAGAAGGAGAUCCAGGAGCAGUUUGAGCUGGACAAGAAGACAAAGGCCCGCAUGCGCAAGCUGGGCAAGACCAUGAAGCAGAGCGCGCUCUCAGAUCUGCUGGGCACGCUAGGCAAGACGGGGCUUGCCGCCGGUGUGGGCAACGUGCGUGGUGCACAGGCACUUGCGUCGUGGCUGGAGACGAAUCCGCUCGGCCGCACCAAGGCCAACUGGACGGACGUGCAGGAGCUGGAGGCAGAACACGGCCCGCUGGUUACAUCUGUGCAGCGCUGUGGCGAGUACUUCUACCGCACGCUUGCCCGCCUCGAGGCCAUGCACACGGCCUCGGACAAACCACACAAGGACAUUGAGCUGUCGAUGGUGCCAAAGUGCCGCGGGUUUGCGCUGGACCUGUUCCGCUUCUUGCUGGUGCAGCGUCGCACGGUGAGCGAGAUGCUUGGCUCGCUCAACGCGCUCGACUGCGCAGCUCGACAGAUGGCGUCCUGCGCGGGCGCUUCGCCUGACCAGCUGCACCAGGACACGCAGCAACAACAAGAAUCCCAAGCGGUUCCUUCAUCGGCUUCUUCAUCGUUGUCAUCAUCAUCAUCGUCGACAUCAUCGUCCGUUGCUUCAUCCAAGCAGCCGGAGGAGGCCCGUCGGGUGCUGGGAACGCCAAAGGACGCGCGAGACAUGCUGCUCGUGGCGCAGACGGCGUGGAUGUCCCUCCGCGACUUCGCUGCCCGCGUUCGCAUGCUUGUGGAUGCCGAGGCGCUGAGCUUGGACGCAAGCGUGCUGGCAGGCCUGGAGAAGGACGUUUCUGCCAUGCACGAGCGUCUGCAGCAGGCCUUUGAACACGUGAAUGCACACACGCUGGUAAACCGCCGGCUUCACGUAGCGCGUGAUGUUGGUGACGACAGCGCCAAGGACAUGGAGGAGCAGCAGGACACCGCGGAUGAGAUGACAGACGACGUGAAACAGGGCGCCGCUGACAUCAGUGCCGGCCUCAUUGACUUUGGCCUGGUGACGCUGUGUGCAUCGCAGUGCCUGGCAGCGUCGCAUCGAUCCCUGACUGUUCUGGCUGAGCUGCCUGAUUCCCCAAUGCUGCGCGACGUUGUGCAAGACACGAGUGCCCUUGUGCAGGACUCUGUUGACUCACUGGAAAAGCAGCUGGCUACAGCCCUACUCAGGAAGCCCUCUGCAGCCGCCAGCGCCGCCGUGCCCACAGAUGCGGCGACAGAGGAGGCAUCGGCCACGGCAGUGCUCGAAUUUGUCAAGGCGAUGCUGCUGAGCAUCCAGCGCUCCGUGAAGCGUGCUGCGGCAGAGAAGAGCGCAUUCCAAGAGCAGGCUUCUUCUUCUUCUUCUUCCUCCUCCUCCUCCUCCUCCUCGUCUUCCACUGCUGCGCCAUCAAGCAAGGGCAAGCAGGAGACGGAAACGAAGAAUGAUGAAGAUGAUGAAGAUGAUGACGAGGACGAUGUUGAGCUGCAGCCGCGCCACUUUGUGCUCCUUGAGCGGGAGAUUCGCGGCCUGUUUGACGGCUUGCGCACGAAUCGCAUUCUGUCCCGCUAUGUGCGUGUGGCGGAGGUGCUUUCGCAGCAGCAGCGACUGUAUGGCGAAACGGCGGUGGCUGCGGCGUCGCGUUGGCUCCAGUAUUACCAGCCGCUCAUUGCGCAGUUCAAGCUCAUUGCGGAGGCGGUUGUUGCCGAGUACCUCGCCCUGCACAAGGCUACGAGCAAGCUGUGCUAUGUGCUGUCUGGCAUCUUUAAGGACCUCUUCACACGCGGCUACUGCGUGCCACCGGAGCUGGAGGACGACGAAGGCGAAGGCGGACACGAGGGCAUGGAGCUCGAAGGCACAGGCAUGGGCGAAGGCUCCGGCAAGAAGGAUGUCAGCAACGAAAUUGAGAACGAAGAGCAAGUCCAAGGUCUCCAGAGCGAUGAGCCUGAGCAGCCACCAGAAGAGGGCGUUGACGAAGAAGAGGAUGGUCUGGAGAUGGAGAACGACUUUGAGGCAGAGAUGUACGAUCGCGACCAACAGGACAACGAAGACAGCGACGAUGAAGUCGACGACGACGACAUUGAGCAACAGAUGGGCGACCUUGAGGGCGCCGAUGCCGAGACGCUCGAUCACGGCAUGUGGGCAGGUGAGGAUGAGGACGAGAAGGACGAGCCGAACGACGGGCACGAACAAGGCGGCGAGGAGCUUGGGGAGACAGAGCUUGGUGCCAAGCAGGACAACGACCCAAGCGGUGCCGAUGACAAGAAAGAUAAGAAGGACAAGAAGGAACAGUCCGAGGAAGGUGAAUCUGGGGAGAACCAGGAAGAGCGCGGGGAUGAGAUCAACGACGAGUAUGUUGGAGAUCAGGAGGAAGACGUGGAGGAUGCGGCAGAGCAAGACCGCGCCAAGAAGGAGCAGGAGGAAGAGCAAAAGCAAGGCGACGGCGAAGGCGAAGACGAGGAAGACGGCGGUGAGGAGGACAAGGACAUGGACCUUGACCUUCCAGACGACCUGAACCUCGACAAUGGCAAAGACAACCAGGGCAUGGACGAGGGAAGUGACGACGACGAUGAUGAUGCGGGCGAAGACGCUGAAGGCAAGAAGCCCGAGAAAGACGACGAGGAUGGACAGAAGGGCGGCGAGGAGGAAGACGACGGUAUCGAUGACCAAAACAGGGAGGAACAGGAGCGUGCCGACCCCUUGCAGCAGGAGGACGAGACUACAGUUCCCGAUGCCAAGGAGGAAGAAGGCGAGGAUGAGGGUGAGGGUGAAGGUGAUGGAGAAGAAGGAGAAGAAGGAGAAGGAGAAGACAAGAAGCAAGAUGGAGAAGAAGGUGAAGAUGCGGCUGAGAAGGAGGAGGAGAAGGGAGAGGAGGAACAGCAAGAAAAGGACGCGGCAGACAAGCAACAAGAUGAAGCGCAAGCUGAUGAAGAGGAAGAGAACAAUGAAGGUGGCGAAGAAGAUCAGGAAGGCGAGCAGCAAGCACCUGAUGCAGGGUUUGAUGCCGCCAAGGAAGAAGAUGAGGAAAUGAACAUGCAAAUGGACGAGGACACCGACGAAGAGCAGGAGGACGGUGGUGGUGAAGAUGGUGAUGGUGAGGAUGCUCCACCCCCACCCCCUGCUGAAGACGAGAACGAUGAGCAGCAGCAACAACAACAGCAGCAGCAGCAGCAGCAAGACAAAGAAACCCCGGACGCCUUUGAGGACAGCGCGCUGAACCAAGUCUCCGCAACUGUCACGGAGGAUACGGGUAUGAUGGGGCUGGAAACGGUGGAGCAAGAAGCGGAGAGUGCGGAGACGGAGACUGCCGGUGGCCGCCACAGCCAGGGGUCCCAGCGGCGCAACCCCGAGCAGCAUCAGACGCAGCGCACGCAGCAGCAGGAGGAGGGCGAGAGUGGCCAAGACCGCAAGGAGGAGCAGUUUGAACGGCUGCAGGACACCAACCCGUACCGCAGCCUGGGUGACGUGCUCAAGUCGUGGCAGGACCGCCUGAACCUGCAGGAAGCGAGUGAGCAGCAAGACGAGGAAGAUGCUGACGUGAACGCGGAGGAGCAAGACCGCGAGGGCGAGCACAACGAGGAAGAGGCCAGCGCAGACGCAUUCCAGUUUGUGCGGGACAACGAGGCCUCUGACGCGCAGGUGCUAAGCUCUGCCACUGAAGAGCAGCAGAAGCAGCAAGAAGAGACGGUUGCGCAGGACGACGUGCAGCAGGAGGCCGAGGACGUGAUGGCGAUGGACAUGGCAGAGGAUGAGCCACUGCCCAAGCCGGACACGGCCCAGCAGCAGCAGCAGCAGCAGCAGCAGCAACAAGAGCAAGCUGAGGAUGAGGAGACCCCUGACAAAGAGGAGGAGGGGCAGAGCGCCGAAGACAAAGAGGAUGACAGCGGAGAGCACGCUGACACCAGUGCCAUGGACGGUGAUGGUGAGGACAAGUUGAAAGAGGAAGAGGAAGCGGACGCCACUCAGGACGGCGAGGAAGGCGGCGCCGGGGAUGGCAGCGCUGACGGUGCAAAGGAGGAUGAGGAGGCGGACGAAGAUGCGCAGGACGACGACAAGGCCCGCGGUGACGAUGAGCAGGAGGAGGAUGAGGAAGAAGAAGAAGAAAUGACGCCAGAGGAACGAGCUGAGCUGCGGCAGAAGCUUGAGGACGCGCUGGAUGGGCUGCGGGCGGACGAGAGCGAGCACGGCGAGACGGAGGCGGCGAUUGCGAAGAGCUUUGAGCUUUGGCAGGAGCUUGAGCACCUCACAUCGUCGCUGUCCCACUCGCUGUGCGAGCAGCUGCGCCUUGUGCUUGAAGCGUCGCAGGCGUCGAAGAUGAAGGGCGACUACCGCACAGGCAAGCGGCUGAACAUGCGCAAGAUCAUCCCGUACAUUGCGUCGCAGUUCCGCAAGGACAAGAUUUGGCUGCGGCGGACCAAGCCGUCCAAGCGUGAGUACCAGAUUGUGCUUGCGAUUGACGACUCCCGCAGCAUGUCGCUGUACCACUCCAAGCAGAUGGCGCUUGAGUCGCUGUGCCUCAUCUCGCAGGCGCUGAACAAGCUUGAAGCUGGCGAGCUGAGCGUGUUCAAGUUUGGGCAGCAGGUGGAUGUGGUGCACAAGGCGGGCGACCCCUUCACGGCGGCGAGCGGUGCGGAGUGCCUGCGCCGGUUUUCGUUUGAUGAGGAGCGCACGCGCAUUGGCGAGCUGCUGAAGCACGCGUCUGCGGUGCUGGGCGACAUGGCGGAGAAGCGGAUGCGCAGUCCGAAUCUGAAGGUGUCGCAGCUCCUGUUUGUGGUGUCGGACACGGACAACCUGUACCAGGAAGGGGAGGCGUUUGUGGAGCGCGCUGUUCAGCAGCUGCGAGAACAGAACGUGUUUUUGGUGUUUGUGAUUAUUGAUUCGCCGAGCAAGAAGCGCAGCAUCCUGAACCAGACCUCGGUCAACUUUGUCGGCAACAAAGUGCUCAAGGUCGAUUACAUGGACCGCUUCGCAGACAAGAACUACAUUGUGCUCAGGUCGGUGGAGUAA